AUGGCCACAUCCCUCCACUCUCUGGUUCCAAACCCUGAAGAUAGCACAACUACUACUACUACUAACCCCAUGGAAGAAGAAGUUCCAAAUAUGGUGAAACCUGAUCAUGAUCACUCUGCCAAUGUUGUUUACCCUCUUCAGACCCAAGGCCAUUCACAGUCCUUUCUACAACUGGCCUUAUACCCCAUAACUUUAAAGUUUGAAGAGGUUGUUUAUAAAGUUAAGGUUGAGCAGAAAGGUACGUGGUGCAGUGAAACAGGGAGUUUAACAGAGAAGACAAUACUAAAUGGCGUGACGGGUGUAGUUUGCCCAGGAGAGAUACUAGCGAUGUUAGGUCCAUCGGGAAGUGGUAAAACGACCCUACUGACAGCCCUCGGAGGACGCCUGAAAGGGAAACUAUCAGGGAAGGUAUCAUACAACAGCCAACCAUUUUCUGGUUCUACGAAAAGGAGAACUGGAUUUGUGACUCAAGAUGAUGUUCUUUAUCCUCAUCUCACUGUCACCGAAACUCUCUUAUUCACUGCUAUGUUGCGGCUACCGAAAAGCGUGAGUCGUGAUGAGAAGGUGCUCCAUGUGGCUCGAGUUGUAGCCGAGUUGGGAUUGACUCGUUGUCAGAAUAGCAUGAUAGGUGGCCCACUAUUUAGAGGUAUAUCAGGUGGAGAGAAAAAGAGGGUGAGCAUAGGUCAAGAAAUGUUGAUUAACCCAAGCUUGUUGUUKUUGGAUGAGCCAACCUCGGGUCUGGACUCGACCACGGCUCAGCGGAUCCUUACCACAAUCAAACGGCUUGCUAGUGGUGGACGAACUGUGGUAACCACAAUUCACCAGCCAUCUAGCCGGAUCUACCAUAUGUUCGAUAAAGUGAUCUUGCUCUCUGAAGGCUCCCAAAUCUACUACGGUCCUGCUUCCACAGCAUUGGAGUAUUUCUCUUCAAUUGGGUUUUCCACAUCCGUCACAGUGAACCCGGCCGACCUUUUACUAGAUCUUGCUAAUGGAAUUGCACCUGAUUCAAUGCAUGACUAUGAGCAAGGUGAAAAUGCGGAGGGGGAGCGGAAAUCAGUAAAGCAACAACUCAUCACUUGUUAUGAAACAAACAUCUCAACAAGACUGAAAAGCGAUCUAUGCAAUCUGGACGUGUGCAACUACAAUCAUGUGAAAGAAGAUUUGACAAGAGGCCGUGUGCAAUCAGAGCAAUGGUGCACAAGCUGGUGGGAUCAGUUCAAGGUGCUACUUCUAAGGGGACUUAGGGAGAGGAGAUAUGAAGCUUUCAAUAGGCUUAGAAUCUUUCAAGUCAUAAGUGUCGCAAUAUUGGCUGGGCUCCUAUGGUGGCACACCCCAAUGUCUCAUAUUGAAGAUCGUAUAGCAAUGCUUUUCUUCUUCUCUGUAUUUUGGGGAUUUUACCCACUCUACAAUGCAGUUUUUACUUUCCCUCAAGAAAGAAGAAUGCUUAUAAAAGAACGGUCAUCAGGGAUGUACCGUCUUUCCUCUUACUUCCUAGCAAGAACCAUCGGAGACCUGCCACUCGAGCUUGCACUCCCAACUGCUUUUACCUUCAUACUCUAUUGGAUGGGUGGGCUCAAACCUGAUCCAGCCACUUUCAUCCUUUCCCUGCUCGUGGUACUCUAUAAUGUUCUUGUGGCCCAAAGUCUCGGACUAGCAAUAGGUGCUAUACUUAUGGACGUAAAACAAGCCACUACUUUAGCCUCAGUUACAACCCUGGUUUUCCUAAUUGCUGGAGGGUAUUAUAUACAGCAAAUCCCUUCUUUCAUAGCAUGGUUGAAGUAUUUGAGCUACAGCUACUACUGUUACAAGCUUCUUCUUGGGGUUCAGUAUGAUAAGAAUGAUCUUUAUGAGUGCUCAAAGGGAGUCUAUUGCCAUGUUGCAGAUUUUCCAGCUGUUAAAUCCGUGGGAUUGGAUAAUCUACCUAUGGAUUUGUCGAUUUUGGCAUCGAUGUUAAUUGGGUAUCGGCUCAUUGCUUAUUUUGCAUUACACAGGGUCCGGUGAAGUGUACCAGAGGACCAAUUUUCUUGGACA